UUAGGGGCUGUGAAAUAAAACUCUCCCCAUUCCAGUAUUUGCAUAAUUUAAGUAGAAUUUGAUGCUUUUUAGCCUUUUUUAGGUACCUAUCAGGGAAUACCUCAAAAGGGUUUCUCCAACUUCCUUUUUUUUUUAUGGUUCUUGGAAGCUGUUGGGACUUGAUUCAAAACUUGAACAAGUAAACUUUCCUUUUUCCUCAUUAGACUGCUCUAAACACCUCCUUCAUUUUGAUAUCAAUAGCUCAAAUCUUGUGUUUAUCCUCCUCAAUUGGGUUUCAUUUGAAGAGAUUCAAGCCUACUAACAUCAAUCAAUCACAUUGGUAUUUAAUUGAGUGGAGAAUGUGAAAAAUUAUAUCUCCUAUAAGCAAAAGAGAAAAAGGGAAUCUGCUUUCUUUUUAUUAGUCUGGUGAGCUGUUACUUAGCUAAGAUAUAGUUUGUCUAUGUGUACUUUAUGCUCUGAAAGGUUCACUUUCUUGUCUGUGUGAAGCAUUUCCUCUUUUAGCUUGCAUAUCAGAGUAGACUUGAUCCUAGGGUUUUUGAAAGAUGAAGUAAGCUGGUGCUUGUUAGAUAUUAUGCCUGAUAGAUUGGAUUUCUCCUUUUACUUUGUGUCUCUGGGAUGCUGUUCUGAGGGGUUUCUUUUACUUUAACAUCCUAUCAAUCCUAUAAAGCUGCCAAGGUUAUUUGUUCCUUGUCGAGUCGUGCAAGAUAUCACCAGCUAAUUCUGGUCAAACCCCACUUUGCCUUUUGUUUUAUACACCAGUUGCUUGCUUCUGUUUGAUAUCUAUUUUUAGUCCUCGUCUGGGCCAGCUAUUGAGUAGAGGUUUUGUUUCAGUUAUAGAUAGUUCUCAUCCUUUGGGUUUAAGUUUUGAGACGAAAACAUGGAUGGUGGUGAUAAUGAUGAUACGGGAUUUCAGAAUAGAAAUGAGAGUGUAAUGAAUUGUCCAUCUUCAGGGAUGAAUACAAACCCAUUGCCUCAGAAGGUUUCGGGAAUGUCAAUGAACUCGAUGUCCAUGUAUAAGUCUUCAAGUGGAGCAGACCAUUUCUUUGGUUCUGGUUGGGAUCCAAUCGUUUCUUUGAGUCAGGGUGAAAACUUUGGAGUUUCUUCAAUGGUUUCUCAUUGUGAAUUUGCUACUUCUCCUUACCCUGUUGUAAUGGAAAACCAGGUUAUUAGUAGCACCGCCAACUUAGCUCAGUAUCCAUCUGAUCCAAGUUUUGUUGAGCUUGUGCCAAAGAUUCCAGUCUUUGGAAGUGGCAACUUCUCAGAAAUGGUUAGUUCCUUUGGCUUACCUGAGACUGCGCGUAUUGCUAAUAGUGGGUGUCCUCCAAAUUAUACUCCAAAUAAGGACAGUGGAAAUGAGAGGACUUCAACAAAUGUGGCACAAUGUUUUGAGGACCGUCAAAUCUCAGAGGAGGCAGCCAUAGGAGCUUCAACCAAUGGAAAGACAAGAAAACGAGCACCUGAGUCAAGUUCUCCUUCCAAUCCCGAUAAGAAUGCCAAUGAAGAGCGUCAAAAGGAUCCCUCUGGAGAGAGUUCUGGUACUGUGAAAGAACAAGAUGAGAAGAAACCAAAAAUUGAACAAAACACAGGUGCAAAUUCGCGUGGUAAACAAGCUGCUAAACAAGCUAAAGACAGUUCUAAUAGUGUCGAGGCUCCUAAAGAAUAUAUUCAUGUGAGAGCCAAAAGGGGCCAGGCUACUAAUAGUCACAGCCUUGCAGAGAGGGUGAGAAGGGAAAAGAUUAGUGAGCGGAUGAGAUUGCUUCAAGAACUUGUUCCUGGAUGCAAUAAGAUCACUGGUAAAGCAGUCAUGCUUGAUGAAAUUAUCAAUUAUGUGCAGUCACUGCAACAGCAGGUUGAGAUUAAGAUUUUCAGUUGA